AGUCUCAGCUGCGCUCCGGACAGGCUCCCCGGGAUCGCCGGGCGCCGGGAUCUGGGCGCGCACCGGCGUGGAAGGCUGCACCAUGAAGCGCGCGGGGCCUCUGCGCCUGCUGUCGGACCUGAGCAGCUUCAGCGGCGGGGCCAAGCUCCGGGAGCUGCUGCAGGCCAAAGAUCCCGCCGUCCGUGUGCGCUGCAGCCCGGACGGCCGCCACCUGCUGCUGCUGCGACCCCCGGGUGAGCCGGCCCCGCAGCUGCUGGUCGCGGUGCGCGGACCCGGUGCGGAGCUGGAGCGAGCCUGGCCGCCUGAUCAGCCGUCUCCGCUGGACGCCCUCUUCCUGCCGUGGCCGCCGCGACCUGCCCUGGUGCUGGUGUGGGAAAGUGGCCGAGCCGAGGUAUGGAGCACCGGCCUGGGCCCGGGCUGGAAGCUGCUGCAAAGCAUCGAGCUGUGCCCUGAUGGUGGAGCCCGCUUAGUGGCCUUCGCGGCCCCCCGAGGCCGCCUGGUGUGGUGCGAGGAGCGUCCGGCUGAUUGCUCGGGUGCUUUCAGCCACUGCGUGUGCACCCGGACCCUGGAACCCGGUGGGGAGGCAGGCGCCAACCUGGGCCUCACACACACCCUGCUGCACCGCUGCCCGCCUUUCUCGCUGCUGACCUCCCGCAAAGACCUCUACCUGGUCCCCACGACCACUGCCUGGCCUGGCCUGGCCCACAUUCUGCUCAUCUGGACCCCUGGCAAGGGCAAGGUGACGGUGGCUGCUCCGUGCCUUGGCGUCUCUCACAGUAAGAGCCUAAAUCCCAAACGUGGGGACACUUGGGACUUCCCCACCCUGCUUCGAGGUCUUCCUGGACUGCUGUCCCCCAGGGAGCCAGUGCCUGUCCACUCCUGGUCCACAACUGCCCAAGGCCUGCUGUUGCUUGAUAUCAGGGGCACAGUGAGCCUGGUGCAGCCCCACGGGGGGAUCCGGGUCGUGGGCACUCUGCAGGAAGCUCCUUCAGGUCUGACGGGGUCUGCAGCCCUGGGCACCUUUCACGGCACUCUGGCCUGUGUGCUGGGCUCCACCAUGGAGCUGCUAGACAUGGGCAGCGGGUGCUUGCUGGAGAGGAAGGUCCUCAGUACAGACCGGGUACACAUGCUGGACCCCCCAGCUCCUGGUGUGGAGGAUGAGGAUUUGCUGGGAAGCCGUGGGGGUCUUCGUUUGCUCACAGACCUGGGUCUGUUUGGAGUAAGCUGGGAAACCCCCCAGGGCCUUGUGCUUCCUUCAGCUGAAGACCUGGUCUUUGAAGAGGCCUGUGCCUACUACCAGCGGCGGAGUCUGCGGGCUGCCCUGCUCACCCCAGAGGAACUAAAACACAACAGCACCUUCCGGGCACCUCAGACCUUGGCCUCCAUCCUCCAGGGCCACGUGUCCCCAUCUACACUCCUGACAACACUAAGAGCUGAACUUCGGGAUUACCGGAGCUUGGAGCGGCUCAAAGCCCAGUUGGUGGCUGGGGAGGAAGAGGAGCCGGGCUGGACAGAGCUGGCCGAGCAGGAAGUGGCCCGCCUGCUGAGAACCGAGUUGACCGGAGACCUACUGGCCCAGCUCAACAAGGUCUUCCAGACUUUUCCUACAGCAGCCUGGGGAGCCAUCCUCAGGGCCCUGCAACUUGAACCUGACAGCAAUGGCCGAUUGAAAUCCCAGGCUCCCCCUGACAUUUGGAAGAAGGUAUUAGCGGGUGUAGCAACCGGAAAGGAAACCCCCAAUGGGAUUCUGCCCCUUUUUGAACUCCUGUGCCAGUGCCUUGGCCGUCUGGAGCCUCAAUGGCUACCUCCCUUUGUGGAAUUGGCACAGCAGCAGGGAGGGCCGGGUUGGGGGGCCGGGACUCCGGGGCUGCCCCUGUAUCGAAGAGCCCUGGCAGUACUAGGCGAAGAGGGGGCCAGGCCUGAGGACCUGGAACUGGAGCUGCUCUUGGGCAGCGGGCGGCCCAAAGCCGUGCUCCAGGCUGUCAGGCAGCUGGUGCAGAAGGAGGAAUGGAAGCGGGCCCUGGAGGCCGGCCUAGCUCUCGGCCCCUCCAGCCCCCUGCUUCAAGGGGAGAUCUUCAAACUGCUCUUGGUGGAAUUUGCCCACCACCGACGUCUGGAUGCUCACCUGCCCCUCUUGUGCCGCCUAUGCCCAUCAGACUUGCCUCCAGCUGAGCUACUUCUUCUCCUACAGACUCACCUGCCUGAUGAGGGGGGACCUGCCAUACCAUUCCCAGAGCCUGGGACUGAGACCCCACUUACUGUGGGCUUGCUCAGAGUGCUGCUUGAGCAGACUGGGGCUCCAGGACGGCCUUCCAACCCAACUCUCAGUCUAUAUGAGGACAUCCUCUGGGACCUAGGCUCGCCACCCCCCACCCCGCCUCGGGGAGGGCCUGUGACUACUCUCUAGGCAUCGAACUACCCCGGCCUAGAGGCCUGGACACAAUCAGGACAGGGUCUCUGUGCAAUUGACAAAACUGAAAAUCAUCUCUAGGGUACAGGGAUCAGAAAAAAGGAGUCCAAGAGUUGGGGAAGACUAGGGGAUGGGCCCUACAUGUGCAAUACUUUUUUCUCUCUUCUGGAGCAAUUUUA